AUGACCACGACACCACCCCUCGCGACGGGUGCCAACCCUCCGAUUCCCGCCGAACAGCUCGCCGCACUUACAUCGCUGCUGUCGGGUCUCACCGCUGCCGCUUCCGGCACUGCCACACCCGCCACGACGUCCGGCACCACUCGCACUGCCUUUCCAAAGCACGCACGCUUGGAUGGUGCAAAGACCUUCGCGAACUGGACACGCCAACUUCGCCUGUGCCUAGCGGACGACAUCCGCUCGUACGUCCUCGACGGUAUCGCACCCGACGACUGGACACCUUCGCAACGCUCCGCUCGCGACGCCGUCGCUCGUGAGGUCCUUGCGAAUUCGAUUGACUCGGCCGAAGUCUCGGCAGUCCUCGACAAAAUCCCUACCGCCGACCUGACAGCGCCGACAAUCUACUCGACGCUGAAAUCGCGGUACGCCCCUGACGACGCCACCCGCACGCUCGAGCUCUUCUCACGACUCUGGGGUUUCCGUCCCAUGCCCGGCACGGUUGCCGAAUUCGACGGGUGGAUCAUGGACUUCAAAGCCGUUGCGCAAGAGAUCAUCGACACAAAGACAACUAUCAAUGAUGUUCUCGCCACACUCCUCCUUGCAAUCGCCCACCCGUCCCUCGAGAGCUUCAAGGCGUCGUUCACCGAUGAACAGCGCACGCAACGAACUCUCCCCGACAUUGAUUCGCUUGCCGACCGUAUGCGAGUCCAACUUCGGUCAACGAACAUCCCCAGCACUCAAUCGGCCCUUCUUGCCUCGUCGUCGUCACGUUCUACUCGUCUCAAGUGUCUCGCCUGUCGCAGCCCUUCGCACCGAGUCGCGGAGUGCCCUACGAGGGCGCAACACCCGCCGCCAGGACCCUGUCGCUCCUGCAAGAAGAAGGAUCACUGGUCUCUCGACUGCAAGAAGGCGCUCGAGGACGGCAAAAAGCCCGACACCGCUGACUCGACCGUCGACUCGCAACACCAUGUCGGAUGUCUCGCCACCGGUCUUCUCGCUCGUCGUCGCCAGCUUCGCAACCACUCUUUUGUCGUCGACUCGGGCGCCACUUCGCACAUGGUCUCGGACAAGUCGCUGUUCACGACCUAUCGCCAUAUCGCUCCUACGAAGAUUGGUGGUAUUGCAGGGGGCAUCAACGCCAUCGGAACGGGAAACAUCGCCUUCAUUGCCGCCUCGGGUCAUCCGAUCACGCUUACCGGCGUGCUGCACACUCCGGGCCUGUUUGUCAAUCUUCUCUCGGUCUCUCGACUUUGCGACACCGACGAUGUCCGUGUCGCCUUCACAAAACACGGCAUCCACAUUGACAAGGACGGCAACGACAUCGCUGAAGGCGCACGACUCGACGAAGGGCUCUACUUGCUGGACGCUGAUCAUUCCAAAUGUCAGCACCUUGCUCUCCUUUCUCGCUCACAGUCGUCCGUGCCCCUGCUGACUCUCCAUCGCUGCCUCGGCCAUCUCGCACCGUCCUCCAUACAGAAGAUGGUUGCCGCUGGUUUGCUGGAGGGUCUCAGGGCCGGAUAUAGUGACGAAGAGGUAGAGAAGUUUGUCUGCAAUGCUUGCCUCAGCGCAAAGGGCCAUCGUCUUCCCUUUAUUCGAUCAACUCUACUACGUCAGCGAUGUAGUUAUAGCCAAGAGUGA